AGUUUUGAAAUUAUUUUGAAUUUUUUACUUCGGUUCUGGUAAUCUGAUUUUCCUUUUUUAUCUAAUUUGCUUCGUAAUUAUUGGUUUAGGUUCGUGCGCGUUUAUGGACUAUGAUUAUUCGCACAGUUAUUGAGCGUAACGUAACCGCGACGAGUAGUUUUUGACACCGUGCACAAUAGAGCUGUGGAAGGUGAUUACCUUGUAUGUAUAUGCUAGCAGUAGCGGGAGCAGGAUUGACAUGGCCCAGCCAUUAUUUGGACUGAUCAUAUCUGGAAGACCCAUUCAAAUGCUGGAGCCGGUGGGGAACGAUCCCAGCCAAGGCAAAUUUAUCACCGCCAUACCGCAAGCAGAAUCAGUUAAUCACAUCGUUGUCUUCUUGUCUCAGCCAAUCCCGGAAGGAUUUGGUGCAGGAGUUUAUUUCUCGUGGCCCGAUGCCGCUGCAGACGGCGGCGGGCAGCAGUGGAUUUUUUUGGGAUUUUUAUCGAAUCAGAAGCCGAGUGCUAUUUACAAGAUAGUCAAGCCCAAGAAAGACGACAGCACUGCAGGUGUUCCUGGACAAACAACCGCUUUGACGCUGUUCGGAGGUGUUCCCUUUUCGAGUGUGGCUCAGCUGGGGAUUUCCGUAGAAAGCCUCGCCGGUCUGUCCGCCAUGGGUAAUCCAUCUACCGAAGCUUCCAACCGAAGUUCCAAUGAAGAGUUUUGUACAAAAAUGUUGGAGAAUUUUUGCAAUUAUGCUGUUUCCUUUUCCGUGUCUAAUCCUGCCAAUCCCAACGAAUCUUAUGUUCCGCUGAAGGUUGUUACCAACUGGUACGAAACAUUCAAAAGGAAAUUCGCUGCCGAUCCCAAUUUUUGGAAAUAGUGAUUUCCUGUUUUAUGUUCGGCUUUAAUGCUUCCGAGUUGUUAUGCUUUACGUGUCCGCUCGGAUUCACCAUGUAACGCGCGAAUUUUACUCAUUUUUCGAUGCCGUGAUUGUAACAGAAUAUGAUAAUUUUUGUUUUUCAAGUUAUUUACCGCCAACGUUUUGUUCGAAAUUGUACCAGGCUUGGAAGGAGAUGGGGUGCAGAGCCUAUCUGUACAGUGUAAAGAGUUGCUGCGGAAAAUUGUUAUCAAGUACUCGCAACAAUAGUCACUAUAAAAGAA